UAUUCUUCUCCACCGUGUGAACUGUGUUCAUCUUCAUAGACCAACAUCCAGGACCUUUGUGUGACUUUUAUACAGAAGCUGUAGAAGUUUGACCAUGAAGUUUGAUCUGAUGCUGCUGUUUGCCCUGGCUGGGUCAUUCUGUGUCAUCACACAUGCAAUGCCCACAUCGAUUACCUUAUUAGAUCAGCCAUCCAGCCAACCUAAAGUUCACACAGAUGCCCCGGAAUUUCCCUCUAAUGAAGCUCCUGUUCAGGACACUGAGGCACCACUGACUCACAGUGAAGCUCUGCCAGAAGUAACAGAGACAGAGCAGGUUACUACUGAAGCUCCAGCCAAAGAAAGAGAGACACCAUCAGCUGGUACUGAAACUACACCUGAGGAAACAGAGGCAUCAUCCGCUUAUACUACUCCUCCAUUGAAGGAAACAGAAACUCCAGAACUAGUCACAGAAGGUACAGAGGAAAACACUGAAACAACUACGCUGGUGCAAGACAGUUUCACUGACAAACCUUCCGAGGUUACUGAGGCAGCGGGUAAAGAAGAGGCCUCACCUGAAGCAUCUUUUGAGACAGCGGUGGAAACAGAAUUUGGCCAGAGCACUGAAACCGAGAGAGAAGAGGUGGAAGUAGAGGACUCAGAAGGUAUUAGCACAGGUCACGUGGUGGGCAUUGUAAUCGGUGCACUGGUCGCUGUGGUGGUCAUCAUUGCAGUGAUAGUUGUGGUGGUCAGAAGGAUGGGUCAAUACUCCCCCUGAGGAGAAAAGCAGCCCGACAGGAAGGAAAGAAGAAAAAAAAGUUCUGGAAUUUCUGAACUACUGAACUGAUGUCAUUUCCUGUCAUUAAAUUAGCAAGCUAAGGAGCACUCUUACCAACCAGGACUCACCCUCCCCAAACCUUCAUCCAUUGUUACGGACACUCUGUCCAUCCCCUUUGAACAAUGACUACCCCACUCCUUACCCAAUCACACCCCCAUUGCCAAAGAUUUAGACAGGAAAUAAGGAAAGAGGAGAAGGAUGAAUGUGUAGUCGCCCACAUCCAACUAAUUUUGUGGUGUAAGGGCCUAAUAAAGUGCAUUACCAAAUAUACAAAGACAAAUAUAGGGGAGAAAUACAGUAAAAAUUUUAAAGAAGAAAAAAAAGCUUUUUUUAAUUAUAAAAGGUGUAAAUAACAAACAUCAAUCUGUUUUUUAAUUGCAUUUUACAUAUCAAAAGCUUGCAUGCAUACACUAGUGUUCCUACAGUCUAUAAGGCUUGGGAACGUGACAUCAUACCCUGGAUGGCCACCAUACGCCCAGGAUGAAGCUUGGACUAGUUUUUCACUUGUACUCCAUAUUCAAUCCAUUACCAUGACUGAUUAAUUACCAAAAGUGUUAUUUGGUAUUUUCGACAGAUUGUCGCUGUAUUGAAUGUUUUAUAUAGCAUUUAAGCUAAAACCAAAGAUACAAACUUAAAAAAUAAAAGCAAAAAGUAAAAAAUAAAUCCAACAUCAAGGCUGUAUUAGCUUUCCCCUUUUCCUUCAGAUCCAAUCCAUUACCAUGACUGAUUAGUUACCAAAAGUGUUAUUUGGCAUUUCUGGCAGAUUGUUACUGUAUUGAAUGUUUUAUAUAGCAUUUAAGCUAAAACCAAAGAUACCAACUUAAAAAAUAAAUGCAAAAAAAAAUUAUAAAUCCAACAUCAAGAACAUCAAGUCUGUAUUAGCUCUCUACUUUUCCUCCAUAUUCAAUUCAUUACCAUGACUGAUUAAUUACCAAAAGUGUUAUUUUGGCAUAUUUGGCAGAUU